GGAAAAAGCGGAGAGGGAUAUCGAGAGGAGCGUAUAUACCGUAUGUGGCGUUGUCUUCUUCCUACCCGGUGUGGUGGCUGGGUGGUCGUGAAGAGCCUGUGGUGGCGCACGGUGUGUACGUACUGCUGCCGCUCUCUACAGCGACCCUGCACCGCAGCCUUCCGCGUCCCAAAGAGCUCGAGAUGGCGUAGUCCCCUGGUCGCGCUGACACAGGCACCACAAGUGUCCGGACAUAGAGGAUUAGCAGUGAGCGUAGCACGUCACAGAGACAGUGACAGAGGAGGAGGAGGUGGAGGAGCUCACAAGCCUGAUACCGGUGUAUCCGAGGAGGAUGAUCAUCACAGUUUUGAAAAGGAGAACAUAUGGACGAUUCCCAACGUUCUUUCUCUGUCGAGAAUUCUCCUGUCUCCAAUUCUGGGCUACCAGGUGAGUUCAUCAGGUCAGGGAGAGAAAGAAAGAGGGGACGGGGAGAAUGGAGUGUUAGCCAUCACUGGCUGCAGGUCCUGCAGGAGAGCUAUCUGAUGGCGUUUGGACUCCUGGCUGUUGCAGCUGUCAGUGACGUGGUGGAUGGGCAGAUAGCGCGACACUAUCCGGGGCAGUCGUCAAUGUUGGGCAGUGUUCUGGACCCUCUGGCCGACAAAUGCCUCCUCUCAAUUCUCUGCAUAACUCUCACCGUCCAGGGCCUUAUACCAUUGCCGCUCACAGUGGUAAUUCUGUCCAGAGAUGCUGUUCUAAUUGGCGCCAGUUUCUAUCUCCGCUACACAACCCUUCCACCACCUAGAACGUGGUCGCGGUACUGGGACAUUCAGCGGUCCACACUCCGAGUCACUCCAUCUCCACUCAGCAAACUCAACACUCUCCUCCAGUUGUCCACGGUCGGUCUCUCCCUGGGUGCCGCUCUUGUCAACGCCUCCCACCACCCCCUUUUACAGGCCCUCUGGGUGACGACGGCGGUUUCCACGGUAAUGUCUGGUGCUAGUUACCUCAUCCAAAUGAAGGGGUUCAAAAUAUUGAGGAAAAGACGGUCGAAUUAGGACAUUAAUUGCAGGGGUUUACCCACUACACUCUUUUCAUCUCACUUUUGUAUUAUGUACUGCCCAAGUGUCAAUUUUAUGUACUGAAAUUUAAAAAAAUCACUAUCCAUUUUUCAAGUUUCCGCAAUAAUUAUAAUGGCAGUGACACGUCGAACAAAAGAUCAUCCACUGAAACUGCACUGGUAUCACAGAUAAUGGACGACUACAUCCGCAAAAUCAUAGCAACGUAUCAUCGAAUAAACAACACG